CGUCCCUUGUCGACACGACCCACACCCUUCUCACUACUUUAUAUGCCUCUAGCGAUACACGACCAAAUAAGGGUAGAACGCGCAGCUUCUGCUCGACGAUAAAAUACCGAUUGCUUCUGAUUCACACAUCCGUGGCUCCUGUCGCCUGCGCAAUAUUAUUUACCCUCCGGCUCUCCGAUUAAAUACUGCAACUUUUGGAGCGCGCAUUGCGCAGAGCGUAGCCGCCAUACUUCAUUUAACACAUCUGAAAACGCGCCAUAAUCACUCCGACGCGCUGUCUGAUUCGCAAAAUGGCUCCAAAACGGUCCCUCCCGAAACAAUUCAAUCCGCUGUUGGCGGAAGAGCAUUCUCCUCCUCAUGAGAUACUCGUCGAGAGGAGACGCCUUGGGCAGACGACACUCGCGGUCAAACCUGGCCAGGUGGGCACGUCGAGCGCAACAAAGCCGGAAAAUCUGGGAAUAUUCGAUUACAUGCAUCUACGUUGCCCUCUUCCGAAGGAUUUAGAGGGGUCGGAGAUUUUCACGGCCAGCGCGAAGCAGCCGUACCCAGAGUCUUACUUCCUCAUGCGGAGGCUCAACGACGGCUACGUGAGUGCCACCGGCAUGUUCAAAGCCGCAUUCCCCUGGGCUCGCCGCUCCGAAGACGAAGCGGAGCGCAAGUAUAUCAAAAGUCUUUCAACGACGAGCAAAGAUGAGACUGCUGGAAACGUCUGGAUCUCCCCGGAGCAAGCUCUUAAACUUGCCGAUGAAUACAGAGUUCGACCAUGGGUAAUGGCGUUGAUUGAUCCAGCGGCUGUGGAUAAGGCGCCAGUGGAUUUCCGACCUUCUUCUUCUUCGCCGUCGGUCCCAAAGAUUAGUCCUCCAGAGGGCAACACUGCACUUCCCCCGCCAACCCCUUCGCGGCGCGGUCGCCAGCGAUCAAGCUCCCCCGGCAAAACGGCUGCGAGAAAGAUCGCUACUCCGCGCAAGCCACGGGCGGUCAAGAACACUGAUGCAAGCAGUGCCAGCAUGACCAGCACAUCUCCGAAGUCUACAAGCGAAAAGAGUACGCCAAUGAAGUCCAACGCGGCAGAGGAAGAGAAGGUUAGGGUCGAAAUCGACGAGGCCAUCGACGAGGCCGACGAGGUCGAGACUACUACGACUAAUGUCAAGAUCGAAAUGCCCGUCAGCGCUCCCGAGCUUCCUCUACCCGAAAGCCCGGAAGAAAUGAUUGCCAAAGCAAAGGAAAUGGUUGAGGAAGCAAGAAAGCUUGACGGAGAAUCUUCUCCUAAGGGUAAAGCAAUCAAACGCAAGGCUGACGAGAUCGAGGAAGGCAGUGAGGAUGAGGAUAUCAAAUUGCAGCGGAUAAAGAAGGCACGUGUCAUUCAAGGCCAGUUGAAACGUGAAAAGGUUAGGACCAGAGCAUUGCUUGGAUUGAGCGCCACGUUAGCAAUUGGGGCAAUCAUUCCAUACUUCUUCUGAUCAGACAUUUACGAGCCUUUUUUUAACCACUCUUUAUACCAAGGUCCCUUUCCUUAAGCCUUUUUCUUUGACUACUUGUUUAAUUACCUCCUUUGAGCGCAAAUUUGCACAAUUGGAAUGUUUCUCUUCCAUUUCUCUCAGCUUCUUUUCUCCUGUCAAUUCUUUCUCUCGAUUUCCUUAAUCAUUCGUGAGGGUAAAAAUAUGCAACUGAAAGCUGGCCGAGUCCAUAUCGUCAACGUAGAUUUCGUAUGAGUGUAUAGGAGAAUGCUUUCAUGACUAUAAGUGCUGUAACGGUGAGCAAAGAAGUACAUCCCGGAAAGGUCCUUGAUAUAUCAAUUGUCCGC